CCCAUAUCAUCUCCUCUGUAUAUGAAGAGUUUUUGUUACUGUUACUGACGAGCAUCUUAUUUGUUUUUCUAAGACAACAACAACAAUAACACAAACCCUGAUUCCACCGGACUGACAGCACCUUUAGAUACUUAUCCUGGCGUUAUAAUACCUACUGCGUGUGUUUGAGCGCGCGCGCGCGCGCGCGUGUGUGUGUGUGUGGUGUAAUCGUGUCCAUGCGCGAGACUACAGAGGAGGGAGGAGAGAGACCGAGAACGGGAGAAGGGCCGCCAUUAUUGGGAAGCUGAAAAAAACACACACAUUAACACACACAUUCACACGCGCUCCGUCACUGAAUCUCGCCUGUAUGCUGGGAGAAGUCCUCUUUCUUCCCGCUGGAGACCUGCGCUGUUCCGCGCAGACCGCGUGCUGACGGCUGGGCGACUCGGGAUGUUUUGGACACAACAAAGGAAAUUAUAAGUGCUCAAAAACAACGUGGUGAACCCAAGGGAAGACACAAGGAUACAAAGCUGUUUUUCCCUCUCUCUCUGUUCUUCAACGCCCCCUCCUUUCCAACAAGAAACAGGGAUCUGAUAUUCCAGGCUGGGUUUGCCUCGAUGCUUUUUGUCUUUUGAGACGCGUUUGGGAAGAGAAGCACGAAUCAGAUUGUUGAAAACUUUCAGAAUACAAUCAGUCAUUGAGAGAAGAGAUUGCAUCGCGUUCGGACAGCUGCGGAAGGGAAACGCCGAGGUUUAUGGGACUACUGCUGGACUAGUAUUAUUGUUAUUCCUCAUCUUGAUCAGUUUCUGAGCCGGUUACACUGCUGGAGCAGAUACAGGAGUGAAAGAGAAGAGAGAGGGAGGCAUGCUGUGGGUGAGAUCCAGGUUGGGUGAACCUGAAAUCUACAGUAUUUCUGUGUCAGAGUGCCCCUGAAGAGAGGAGAUGGGCUGGAAUACUAAUACCUGCAGCAUACCUGCCUAAGUCCACAAGGACUCUUCUCCCCCACCCUCAAACCCAUUCCCUUCUUCCCCUUCUAAACCUCGUACCUUCAAAUUCGUGAAUAGCCAAAUUGCUGCAGAUUUAAAAUUUGAUCAUUAAAGGCAUUGGAGAUACUGGACCUGCAUGGAAAAAAAAUACCUAAAGUAACUUUCAGGAUCUUUAGAAAUAAAUUAUUUGUCAAGCCUGAAAGCAUUUGAAUGGAACAUCAACUCAGCAGCUUUCAGUCUAGAGCUUCUGGGAAUGGCAAAAUGAGUGCUGUCAUACAGUGAUGAUGGCAAAAAAACAAGAUGCUCGGGCACCAACCUACAACCUUGUUGUGGUAGGUUUGUCCGGGACUGAAAAGGAAAAGGGGCAAUGUGGGGUAGGCAAGUCCUGCCUUUGUAAUCGCUUUGUUCGCCCCAGUGCUGAUGAUUUUUAUUUGGACCACACAUCUGUUUUAAGCACAAGUGACUUUGGUGGUAGAGUGGUAAACAAUGACCACUUCCUGUUUUGGGGUGAGGCGGUACGAAUGUUGGAAGAGGGUUCUGAGUCCCGAAUGCAUGUGGUGGAACAGACAGAGUUUAUUGAUGACCAAACGUUUCAGCCACAUCGAAGUACUGCCUUACAGCCCUAUAUCAAGCGGGCAGCUUCCACCAAACUGGCCUCUGCUGAGAAGCUUAUGUAUUUCUGCACAGAUCAACUAGGACUAGAGCAAGACUUCGAGCAGAAGCAGAUCCCUGAAGGCAAGCUUUUAGUGGAUGGAUUUUUACUCUGUGUAGAUGUGAGCAGGGGAAUGAACCGAAAUUUUGAUGACCAGAUGAAGUUUGUCACCAAUCUCUAUAAUCAGCUAGCUAAGACCAAGAAGCCAGUUGUAGUUGUGUUGACCAAGUGUGAUGAAGGAGUUGAGAGGUACAUUAAAGACUCUCACACCUUUGCCUUGGCCAAGAAGAAUCUGCAGGUUGUUGAAACCUCAGCACGCUCUAACGUUAAUGUUGACCUUGCCUUUCUUACCUUGGUGCAAUUGAUAGAUAAGAGCAGAGGGAAGCCCAAGAUCAUUCCAUAUUUUGAAGCCCUCAAGCAGCAGAGUCAACAGAUAGCAUCUGCUAAGGAUCGGUAUGAGUGGCUGGUAAAUCGCAUUGUGAAGAACCAUAAUGAAACAUGGCCCAACAUCAACCGCAGAAUGCAGACAUCCCCUGAAUACAAAGAGUAUGUCUUCCUUGAGGGUACUUCCAAGGCCAAAAAACUAUUCCAACAACAUGUGCACAGGCUCAAGCAAGAGCAUAUAGAAAAACGUCGUAAAAUCUAUCUCAGCACACUCCCACAGGCUCUCAAUUUUUUGGUUCCAGACCUGGAUGAGAUUGAUCACCUGAGCUGGUCAGGAGUACAGAAAGUUAUUGAGACUAAGCGGGAAUUCUCCCACUGGUUUGUUGUGCUGGACGACACACCUUGGGAAACUACACCACACAUUGACAACAUGGAGGAUGAACGCAUUCCACAGGACCUUUUGGAAACCCCUGCAGCAGAGCAAAUAUAUGAGUUUCACUUAGAACACCUGCGCAAUGAGCGAAAGCGGGCAGAAAUGCGAUUGGAAUUCAAAGAGAAACUUGCAACUUCGCCAUUUGUUACACCUGGCAAACCCUGGGAGGAAGCGCGUAGCUUCAUCAUGAAUGAGGAGUUUUAUCAGUGGCUAGAGGAGUCUGAGUGCCUUGAUAUCUAUAAUAAAUACCAGAAGAUUAUUAUUGACCAAGCCAAAGAGGACUUCCAAGAACUUUUACUGGAGUACUCAGAGUUGUUCUAUGAGCUUGAAGUUGAUGCUAAGCCCAGUAAAGAAAAAAUGGGUGCCAUCCAAGAGGUUCUUGGAGAGGAGCAGAGGUUUAAGGCCCUCCAAAAGCUUCAAGCUGAGAGGGAUGCCCUAGUGCUCAAGCAUAUCCAUUUUGUCUACCACCCUACUAAGGAAACCUGUCCAUGCAGUCCUCAUUGUGUGGAUGGCAAAAUUGAGCAAAUCUUAGCCCUUCGUUUUCCCACUCGAUAUUCCUUUGAUGGGAGCUCAAAAUCACAGUUUGGUGAGGGAAAGGUAGAUAGAAUUAAUCUUGUGAUCCUUGGCAAAGAUGGACUUGCAAGGGAAUUAGCUAAUGAGAUCAGAGCACUGUGCACCAAUGAUGAACGGUACGUGCUAGAUGGAAGGACUUAUGAACUGGCUCUUCGACCAAUAGAGGGAAAUGUACGCCUUCCAGUGAACUCCUUUCAGACACCCACUUUUGCCCCACACGGUUGCCUCUGCCUCUACAACUCAAAGGAAUCCUUAUCCUAUGUUGCUGAUAGUAUUGAGAAAUUACGAGAAUCAACCAUAGGUCGAAGGGAUACUCAUCUAGUUCAGCUUCCCUUGUCUCUUCUGUUGGUCACCAAAAGAGGUGUUGGUUCAAUUUCUGACAUUGGAGGAGAAACAGCACAAAGCCUGAUCCAACAAGGUCAACAAGUGGCUGGCAAAUUUCAGUGCAGUUAUUUAGAGCCUGCUUCUCCAGGUGUGGGCUAUGGUCGCAAUAUAAAUGAAAAACAUUUAAACCAGAUACUCAAAGGUCUUUUAGACACACGAAGACCCUCAGUUAGUCUUGGCAGUACCUCCCCACCUCUGCUACCUGCACUUGCAAGUUUCAGAGACUCCCAGCAGAGCACAGAGGGUGACUUACAAAUCAUAAUGUGUCUGAUGUGUGGGGAUACAUAUGAUGUUGACCAGCUUCUUUCACCAUUCUUGCUGCCCCAGCACUGUCGGCCCUCUUCCAGUCUAUCCAAUGGAACAUCAGUUUUCUUGGAUUUAUCUAUUGGUUGCCAAAGGCAAAGCAUUGAUCUGUCUGUUCUGUCCUACCACUCAUCUUUUUCCUUACGUAAAAGCAGAUUAGUGCAUGGUUACAUAGCAGUGUACUCAGCCAAACGGAAGGCUUCCAUGGAAACCCUUUGUGCCUUCCUUUGUGAAAUCCAGGACAUAAUUCCAGUGCAGUUGCUUGCUGUUGCAGAGACUCAAUCAGAACUUUCAGACUCUGAGCCAGUCCGAGAGCAGCUUGCCCAAGGGGAGGAACUGGCCCAUGAAAUUGAUGCCCGUUUCAGCUCUGUAAUCUGUGGACCUGGUGGGGUGGUGGGAGGCUUGCAUCGGAUAGACCACUUCCAGCCAUUCUUCAAGGAGGUAGUGGAGAAGAAAACCAUUGUAGAGGCAACGUAUAUGUAUGACAAUGUUGCAGACAAUGUCACCAAUGAGAAUGUUUCUUCACCUCGAUGUGGCUCCCCAAGCAUCACAUUGCUGGACUCGGAGGACGACAUCGAGCCCUCCCCACCUUAUCCCACCCUGAGAGAAGAUGGCACUUUGGCCCAUGGUUUCAAGCACCCAGAUAUGGAGGGUGAUGCCUUCUCACUCAACUCUGACAUCACCACUUUUGAAAACAAGCUGAACAAAGUCCCACCUCAAGCUCGACCAAAGCUCAAUGUCACCUUCGACAUUCCCAAACCCUCACACAUCAGUUCAUACAUUGACCUGGGCCCACACGGACCUAACAGGCGCUCAUUACCAUCAGUCACCUGGCCACCAGCAACUGAAGGUGGUUAUGAUCCAUCUGACUAUGCUGAGCCCAUGGAUGCUGUUGCAAAGCCCCGUCCCACAGAGGAGGAAAAUAUCUAUUCUGUACCACAUGACAGCACACAGGGCAAGAUCAUUACUAUUCGCAAUGCAAACAAAAGUCAUCCUAAUGGUGCAGGAAAUGGAUCAGACAGUGAGGCUGAAAGCAGUUCAUUAGAACAUAGACGGAAACUCUCUGCUCUUGGAGUUAAACCUGGACUGUAUCGUGAUCGCUCCAAACGCCUUGGAAAGUUUAGCAGCUUCCGCACAAGCUUCAUUGGCAGUGAUGAUGAGCUUGGAGGUCUUCCCAAGAUGAAAGAAGAUGAGCUUGGUGCGCAGAAAGGGGACAGUUCCUUGAAUGAAGAAGGCGAGGACCCAAAGAAGAGGAAUAUCUUGAGAAGUCUGCGAAGAAAUACCAAGCAGAAACGUCCAAAGGCUCGUCAUUCAUCAUCGUCCAAACCUCUUGAGAGUAACUACUUUGGCGUUCCCUUGGCCAACGUUGUCACGCCAGAGCGGCCCGUUCCAUUGUUCAUCGAAAAGUGUAUCCGAUACAUUGAGGCUACAGGGUUGAGCACAGAAGGGAUCUACAGGGUGUGUGGAAAUAAGGCCGAGAUGGAAAGCAUGCAGCGGCAGUUUGACCAGGACCCUAACAUUGACCUGAUCGAGAAGGACAUGUCUGUGAACACGGUGGCUGGAGCGAUGAAGAGCUUCUUCUCAGAGCUGCCGGAUCCUCUGGUACCCUACAACAUGCAGACGGAGCUGGUGGAGGCCUUCAAAAUCAGUGAUCGAGAGCAGCGUCUCCACACCAUGAAGGACGUGCUCCGCAGGUUCCCUCGAGAAAACUGCGAGGUCUUCAAAUACGUCAUCACUCACCUGAACAAGGUGAGUCAAAACAGCCGCCUGAACCUGAUGACCAGCGAGAACUUGUCCAUCUGUUUCUGGCCGACACUAAUGCGGCCCGAUUUCACCACCAUGGACGCGCUGACGGCCACACGCACCUACCAGACAAUCAUCGAGACCUUUAUCCACCAGUGUGCUUUCUUCUUCUACAAUCAGCCUUUGGCCGACACACCCAGCGGCCUGCCUGGACAACCCACCUCGCCCACCACCUCCUUGUCUUCUGCCUCCCCUAUACCAGGCUCCGCCUACUCCGCCUGUUACACCCCAUUACAACCUGUAGCCCCGCCCUUCAGCCCAGCCCAACAAUCCCCACCCCAUUCUCCACCCCCAACCCCUCAAUCCCCAAUCCAGAGCCUGCUGCCUUCGCUCCACCCCCAUCACACACCUACGGAGCAACACACACUUUGGGAGCACUGAAAGAGAUUAAAUAAAUGGAAGAAACUUCCGAGAAGAUUGCACGGCCGUGCCUGACUUAUCACAAGCAAAAGCAGUAGAGGAGCGAGAACGAAAGAGGUCAAGAGUACAUGAGCUACGUCAGCUACACUUCAUUGCCCACGUUCUGCAUCAUGCUACACCAUAAAUUCUCCAUAAAAAUCUCACACAUAGAUAACUGCUGGGGAAGUGUGGUAACCCCAAACAUAGAUCUCUAAUGGGUCCAUGUGAUGUAGAUGUUGCACUCUUCUCUUGCUGGUUAAGCAUUAACUUCGUCAGUUGGCGACCAAUGGGUGUUGGGGUAUAUAUGAACAAAUGGGCUGAACCCCACCACAUAUUAGAAAUAAAGUUAAGCGGGCCAAGAGGGUGGCCUUUAUAUUCACCAGAUAUUGGUUGCAACUUCCGACCGCAGUUAUUCUCAUAUUAGAAAAAAAGAAAUGCUUUUUCCCAAUGCAGCACCACGACCGUAUUCGUACACCUUAUUUAAUCUUAUUAACUUGUGACAGCCUUUUAAAGAAAGACAAAAAUCAAAAGACAAAACUAGAGUCUCUGGAAUGCUUUUGCACAGCAUUCUGGGAUCUGAAAUCUUUUCCUCACCUUUCUCCCCUGUCACAUGAGCCUCCCGAACAUGCUGGUAGACUAACGCUUCUUUUAUUCCAGAAUGUCCUCACAACCAGACAACCCUCAGUUUCCUGCUCCGCGAGGAUCUUCGACUUUGUUCAGUGUCUGUUCAUUUGGGAGCUUUAUUAUUGUUCUUUUUACAUGUUUGCAGGAAGUCCCUAACUUCUGGCUCAUGCUUGAUCUGUGGACUGCUUUUGCGCACAUGGUCGGUGAACCAAUGAGUAAUGGGUUCUAAGGGAUGGGUAAAGGUUGUGGUCCACCUGCGUUUGAAGGAGAGGUAUGCACUAAAUCAAGAGUUACCUCACAGUUCCAGAAGGUAAAGGAAGUCUGCACUAAAGAAGACACUGUGUCUACAUGUACUUAUUCAGAUGGCAUUGAAUCACUGAGCUGUGGAAGCCUAGAGGAGGAUGAGAGUGAAGAUAGAGGCAUAGCUGAAUGAAAUAAUGGCAUUAAGAAAAGUCUUCAAUGUGUUUGAAAACAGCAUCACGUGGUGUGUUAUCAGAGUGAGAAUAUGAGCUGGCAGUUAGUGGCUUUUUAUCAAGACUGAGUAAAUAUCUGCACUUCAUAGUUGACCUCAGAAAGAGGACAUUGUUUAUAAAAUGCCAGAAGCUUCUUUAAAGAAAGAUUAGGGCAAGGAAAUCUGGGCACGGAAAGGGGAAAGCUAAAGUGUCCUUUUUGUGGGCUCUUGGAGCACCCAGUGGACAAAGUAGGUAUUGCCUGAUUGAAAUAAAUCAAUCUAAUGCUACA